CCCCCGGGCACCGCCGGAGACUCACAGAAAGAUGAACUGGGGCUUUUUGGAGAACGUCCUCAGCGGGGUGAACAAGUACUCUACAGUGAUCGGGCGCAUCUGGCUUUCCGUGGUCUUUCUCUUCAGGAUCUUGGUGUACGUGGCAGCGGCCGAGCAGGUGUGGAAGGAUGAGCAGAAGGAUUUUGUGUGCAACACCCAGCAGCCUGGCUGUGAAAAUGCUUGUUUCGACCACUUCUUCCCCAUCUCGCAGGUGCGCCUCUGGGCUCUGCAGCUCAUCAUGGUAUCCACCCCGUCACUGCUGGUGGCCCUGCACGUGGCCUACAGGGAGCACCGGGAGGCCAAACACAAGCGGAAACUGUACAAGGACAAAGGGAGCAUUGAUGGAGGUCUGUUCUGCACCUACAUCAUCAGUCUGGUCUUCAAGAUAAGCUUCGAGGUAGGCUCCCUGCUUGCUUUCUACUUCCUGUACAACGGCUUUGAGGUGCCCAUGCUGCUCCGCUGUAGCCAGAGUCCCUGUCCCAACACGGAGGACUGUUACAUUGCUAGAGCCACGGAGAAGAAGAUCUUCCUCUACAUCAUGGCCUGCACAUCCAUACUGUGCAUCACUCUGAAUUUUGUAGAGCUUAUGUACAUUGUAUGGAAGCACUUGUGGAAAUGUUUUACCAGGCGGUACGUCCCUAUAGAGGAGAAGGCUGUCAGCCACCGCCAGUCACAUGUUUCCAUCGUCAGUAAGCGUGUCUCCGUUGAGCCCACAGUAAACACAGGGGACAGCACCACACAGCCUGCAUCCACUGCUGAAAACCAGCCCGUCUAGUCUGUGAGGGCUGGGACUGAGCUCAUGUUGCCACCUCAAAGUGAAACCACAGUGAAACCCUUGUUUGUUUGCCUGACAAACUAACAUGGACUCUGCUCACAAGUCAGCAAAAUAGCUAAAAGAUAUGAAUAAACAGCAUAAACACUAAUGAAAGCUGUAUCAUUACACUUGGUCUAAGUCCAGACUGGAUGAAAUCUCCAGUGAAAGAUUCAGUUUUACUGGAGACAUGAAUUCCACAUAGCUCUCUUUAAACUAUACCUGUAACUGUAAUCCAUUGUGAGAGUACUAUGCAGCCUGUGUCUUCUCUGGCUCUGGAGGAGCUUUGCCAAGUGUGAGAUAAUAAUAAUAAUCUCCGGUUGGGAGCGUCUAAUCAAAGUUGCAUUAUGGGAAAUGUAGGAUCCAGUGUUCUUGGAAUUUGGACCAUACUAAGGACUAAAAUCAUGCACAAUACACCUGUGCUUUCCUGCUAUGACAAGAUAAAAAGCCUGCUGUGAAAAAGGUCUAUUGAACAUUUCUAAAUGAUCUUUUUGGUAUCUAUAAAUAGCUAUACUAAUUACUAGUCAUAAUCAGCUGCAGAACUGAGGAGUUAAUAUAGGUCGAGAUAUCUUGACAAAAGUCUUUGUGAGCAACGGUAGCUACAAAAGUAGUUUGGGAUAUCUUGAGAGUACAAAUAAAAUAUAUCUCCAAUUAUCUUCCGACUAGUAUGGAGGCCCAAAAUGUCCAAUGUAAAACAAAUAAAAAGGACAUUACGAAAAAUCCUCUUGCUACCUUUUUUGGCUGCAAGUUCUCUUUUAUUUCCCAUCCAGCAGAAUGUCUUCGUCUGUCAACCAAGACAAACAGGGUGGAUAUGAUUGGCUGGUGCUUUGGCAUGAAUGACUGGACAGCCAAUCAAAUAACUAGAUCUGUGCCGUUUGUCUUGAUGACAAAGACAAAGGACAUUUCGAAAAAAAUUUGGUGAAAUUAAAUAUUAUAUAUUGUGCCUGUAUUACUUCAUGUGAUUAAAAAAAAAGUAAUUUAAUAUUGAACACUACAGUCAAAAGGUUGUUGGAGAUACCUAUUGGGUCAGUAGUUUUUCAGUAAUUCUGUUGAAAACCAGACAAACAAAACAAAUCUCUGCACAAGCUUUUUCCGCAAGUAUAAAUUAAGCAUCAACAAUAGACAGCACGUAAAGCUGGACGACGCAUUUCUAUUUCCACUGUACAAAAAUGAAGCCAAAAUAUCCCUGAUACAGGCACUGUUGACAUCAUUUAGGGCCAGUCUGUGCACCGUAGUAAUCAGGGGGUGGAGCUGUGGUAUUGAGGUCCUUCCCAUACACCCAACCCACUCAAGCGCAAGCACAUGAGCUAUCAAUCUGACAUCACGCAUCCUUUUUAAAAGGUGC